AAAGUAGAGGCUGUGGAAUUGGAUCGAACGAGAAGGAUGGGAUUGGGUUCAGUUAAGAAGGCGGAAUUCUGUGAUGUCUGUGGCGAUAUUGGGUGUGCAGAGACAAUUAUUACAUGUGCAAAGUGUAAAAUUAACCAAGAACAUUUCUAUUGCAUGGAGACAUUUCGUAUGGAGGCACCAGAGGUUUGGCUAUGUGAAGAUUGCAUUCCUAGGAAUGGGAAUCAGUCAUCAUUUGGAAAGAGUGGGGUUACUGUGCCACCAAAUUUUACAACCUCUUGUAAGGAUCAUCGCGAGAAUUUACAGUGUGCAUAUCCAAGAAAAUUGAACCGUGGUCAUGGUUGGGUUGGCUGGGAAAAGAAGGUUGCAAAAGGGAGAACAAAAUAUAUUUCUGUUGAAGAAACACUCGUGCUACCACAACUCCAAAAUGUUGCUUCCAGUGUAAAGAUAACUAGCCACUCAAACCCCCUCUCACCUAAAAAACAUAUAUCAGGUUGGGUUGGCUGGGAAAAGAAGGUUGCAAAAGGGAGAACAAAAUAUAUUUCUGUUGAAGAAGCACUCGUGCUACCACAACUCCAAAAUGUUGCUUCCAGUGUAAAGAUAACUAGCCAUUCAAACCCCCUAUCACCUAAAAAACAUAUAUCAUCAUCUCCAUUGUCCAGGACUCCUCUCAAUCCUGGUACUUGUAUUCCUAAAUUUCAGCAACCUAAAAAGCAUCCUACUUCGUUGGGUUCACAACAUUUGAAGACUCAAAGUCUUGAAAAUGCCAAGAAAUGUCCUUCAUCAAGUGUACAACUCCCAAAGACUCAAAGUCUUGAAAAUUCCAAGAAACAUCCUACUUCAUCAGGUCUACAGCAUCCAAAGACUCAAAGUCUUGAAAAUUCCAACAUUAAUCAAGUGACUCAACCAAAAGAGCAAUCCUCUAAAGUGCUAAAUGAUAAAACUGUUCAACCCCCUGCAAAGAGGCAUAUAGAGAAGCAACAGCCUCCCAAGGCUUUUAACCCUAUUGCUGAAGUAAAAAUGACUGAGAAGUUUGUGGAAAAGAAUAGGAAUGACAUAUUUUCAUCUGUAGAAUCUCAUUCCUGUAAAAAUAUUAUUUCAGGACCUAUGGAAAAGGAGAAUAUUGGAGAUACUAAAAUAACUCAUACUAUAGCCGAAGAAACUACAGAAAAGCAUACAUCAGUGGCAUUAGCUUGUUGCCCACAGGUUAUAUCUGUUAGUGAUGGUUGUGCCGCAACAGAGUGUGGGACUUCAAAUGUGAAUCUGAUGACUUUCUCAACUAAUAACAAGAAAUGCUUUAGCGAUCCGGCCCAGCAUCCCUCCUGGAAGGGAAGCUUCAAUGUCUGUGAUAAUCUUAAUUUCAAGGGAUUACAAGCUCAUCAUCCCUUGAGAGUACAUAGGAAGGUCUGUGAGUUCUCGAUGCUUUUGCCUGAGAUUCUUGACUUCAAAUUAGUUCCACGAGGGAAUCUCUGGGGCAAGCUAUUCCAUGAUUAUUGCCCAACGAGAGAAGAUGUAGGACUCUAUUUCUUCCCAAGUGACAAGGACAGCUCCAAAGAGUACGUGACCCUACUGGAGUUGAUCCGAGACCAAGACUUGAUGAUGAGGAAGCAGAUAGACAAUGUUGAAAUACUUGUACUUACGUCUACUGUGCUGCAAAUGGAUUGUCAAAAAAUGGAAGGAAAUUACUUCUUGUGGGGGUUAUUUCACCGCAUUGGUAAAAAGGACAAAGUGGCCAACAUAGAAUUCGUUGACAAGGGGAUAGACAUUAGCGGUAAAGACAAUGAGGAGGUGGUCGCCAUGGAAAUUGACAUGACAGGCGGGGGGGCAGAGCGUGGGUAAAGCAGACUCUAUUAACAAUGGAGACAACGAUAAAGAGGUUGACAUGGAGAUUGAUAUGAUAGGAGGGUAAAAUGUGGGUAAACAAGAUGUAGUAAUUCAAUGUAACAGUUCUGGUGGUGGUAAUGUACAGCUUGCUGUUGGCUUGUGACUCAAACUGCUUCCCCUAGAGGCUAGAUCAAGCUUACUGGGGGUGAAUAUAGACUAACUUGUUAUAUAAGUGCUGUAAAUUUGUGAGAUUGAUUACUUGUAGAUCACUGAUAAAGUAACCUUUUGUUAGGGGUGAGCGUAUUUCAGGUAAACUUGAAUAGUUAUCGGUUCAGAUAUUUUUAAAGAUCCUCUGAAGUGCUUUCCUUCAAUUUCGAGGUUGCUUGCCUGCCUGUGCAAAAAAACAUUGAUGAGAGAGUGAAAAACUUUUGCAUUCACUUAA